AUGUAUCUGCGCCUGUUGAAGUGUGCUGGCCAUCCAGAUCGAACGUGGUUUUCGACGACACGGAACUGCAUUGUAGCCUCUGCUUUCACAGAUGUCACGCUCAUGGUGCUCGCUGUCAUUGAGACUUCUGGUCGGCGGCCGUGCGAAGUAGGUCUGGAUUCGUACGUUCCAUCCUUUGGCGCCUCCUACUGCCUGUUGACGUACCUCCUUGCCCGGUGCGCAGCCGCGCGCACUCACUUUCUCUCACACACCGUCAGUGCUUUUCUUGGUGAGGCGGGGCCUCACAGUACCAACUCGUUGCCGAAGCCGCUAAGUCAGCAACCGGCGUGCGGCUUUGCGGUUGGCAUUAUGGCAGCUCCUUUGAUACUGACGGGCUCGCUGCAGCCCUCUGCCUCAGCUACUACGUGCCUGGCCGCGUUUCAUACCGACAGUCGGAUGAACGACGAAGGCUUAAUGUGCAUAUCGACGCCAGCCACGGUGGGCCUUUGUUUGAUUGUGUUUCUCGACUGGGCCUUCAACGAUCUCGUACCUUGGCGUCAUUACUAUCCGGUGCGGGUGUGA